AUGUCUCCACGCCGCCUCUUCCCAUUCUCCGGCCCCAAGAGCUCGGUUCCCUCCCGUCCACCGGGUCCGCCGCCCCCGUCGGAUAAGGAUUUCAGUAUUGAAAGCAUACUGCAGGCCAUCGAGCCCGAUAUACAGGGGACCUUGGAUUCGAUUGCCGAGAUCUGCGGACGAAGCAAGCUAAGUCUCGCCAAUGAGUAUGGCAGCCAUAUAGCGCCGCUGGGAGAGAUUCGCGCUCCAGCAAGCGGCCUCGUUCCCGUCGAAGAAGCCAGCUCAACUGACGAACGGCGCGCCGAUGAGAGUUUGAUUAUCUUCGACGAUAAUCCUGGUCUCGUAGAGCCUGACCGUGAUAUGCAUCCCUCCACCUUCUAUCGGUACCUUGAGAAUCUCCGACAGGCCGCAUCGUUGCUGGAACGCAACGGUACAACUGUCUCAGGCCCAUCAGCGCAGCUAAAUGCUUCAACUUCCGCUGCCGUGGCGAGUUAUGUGAAUUCCCCGGAAUUGGACGUCGCUCCAUUACCCACUUCUCGAGAGUUUGUCUCGAGACCCAAGAACACGGGUCGAGAUCUUUUAGCGAUGAAUAUUACCUCUAGCCAAGAUGACCACUUUUCUCCAAAUAUUGUCACCCCGGCUGUUGUUUCUGAGUUUCAUCUUGAUGCACAGGCAGGCGAGAGAAACACAGAAACCGACCCAUCCGUUCUGUCCGUGGACCAGCUCAAUCUUGACGAUCGCAUACCGGAGUCCAUUCGCUCUCUACUUGGCUGGUUAAGAUGGUCUGCACGAAUUGUAGGACCAGAGUCCCGCCCGGCUUUGCAGUCAGCCGAAGGCCGACUACGAGCUAUGCUGGAACAAUCUGCUGAGGACAGGUUCUCUUCGCAAGCUGUGUAA